AGAGCCGAUGAUGUCGGCUCAGUCAUGUGAUCAGCUGUGUCCAAUCACAGCUGAUUACAUGUAAACACGGAAAUGCCGACAUGUGCAAUGAUCAUCAGGGCACUGAUGAUCAGUGUGCCCUGAUGAUCAAUGUGGCCCCAGAAGUGCCACCUGUCAGUGUCCAUCAGUGCCAGCAUCAGUGCUCAUCAGUGCUACAUGCCAGUGCCCAUCAGUGCCACAUCAAUGCCACAUAACAGUGCAUACCAGUGCACAUCAAUGCCAAAUAUCAGUGCCCAUCUGAGCUGCCUUUCAAUGUCGCCCAUCUGUGCCAGUCAGUGCCGCCUAUCAGAGUGCCUAACAGUGCUCAGCCGCCUAUCGGAGCCAGCCAGUGCUGCCUAUCAGUGCCAUAUAUCAGUGUCAUGUAUCAGUGCUGCCUUUCAGUGCCCAUCAGUGAUGCCUGUCAAUGCCCAUCAGUGCAACCUACCAGUGCCUCCUCAUCAGUGCCCAUCAGUGCCACCUAUCAGUGUCCAUCAGUGCAGCCUAUCAGUGCCCAUCACUGCAGCCUCAUUAGUGCACAUCAAUGAAGAAGAAAAAUCACUUAUUUACAAAAUUGUAUAACAAAAACAAUGAAAAAACAUUUUUUUUUUUUUUAAAUUUUCAGUGGUUUUUGGUUUGUUUAAGAAAAAAUAA